AAGAUUUAUUAUUCCUGGUUGUCAGAAUUGAUUUUGAAUUUAAAUCUAAGCCCUUCUGCUGUUCAUCAUGGCUCAGACCAAUAUAUACUAUGUCCUGUUCCCAUGCCUGAUGCUCCUGUCAUGCAGCCAAGGCCAAAAGGCUGAAGAAAGCAUGCCCAUGGAUGAGAAAGACCUUCCUUCUGCCAGGAUCAACUGCCCAGAAGGUGCUAAUGCAUAUGGUUCCUACUGCUAUUACUUCAUUGAAGAUUGUAUGGCCUGGGGGGAGGCAGAUCUCUUUUGCCAGAAUAUGAAUUCAGGCCACCUGGUAUCAGUACUUAGCCAGGCUGAGGGCACCUUUGUGGCCUCUCUGGUUAAGGAGAGUGGCAUAACAGUCUCCAAUGUCUGGAUUGGACUCCAUGACCCCAAAAAUAACCGUCGCUGGCAUUGGAGCAGUGGAUCUCUGUUUCUCUACAAAUCAUGGGCUACUGGAGCUCCAAGUACUAGUAAUCGUGGUUUUUGUGUGUCACUGACUUCAAACACAGCAUACAAGAAAUGGAAGGAUGAAAACUGUGACGCACUGUACUCCUUUGUCUGCAAGUUCAAAUCCUAAAGCAACCUUAACCACAAAUGUCUAGCACACUGUUACUAUGGAUCAGAAAAUGAAAACCAUCUAUACACCCCAAAUUAGAUACUCUUUUCUGUUUGUCUUACAACAGACUUGCAGUAUUUUUAUGUACCCCAUUAUUUUAGACCCAUGUCGUAACACAAAUAAAAUCA